AUGGUUAAUUUCGAUUAACUCUUAGAGGAAUCAUUAAAAAUGGGUUCUUUCUAGAAAAAGUCUCUAUUAGUGGUUUCGUUGAUAGACUUCUCAGAUGGAGUUGAGAAGACAAUUAUUGGUAUUAUGUUAACUAUAUUAUCACAUGAAUGGAAGUUGGAUUAAAGUGAAGUGUCCAAUUUGGCAAGCAUUUAUUUUAUUGGAAUCGUAGGUGGCACUAUGUUUUGUGCUUUCAACACCGACACAAUUGGAAGAUAAAGAACAUUAAUGUUGAGUAGUAUGAUUGGUUUUGUUUGUAUGUUAUGGAUGAGCUUAGCAUAAACAUAUUUAGAAAUGUUCUUACUGCGUUUAGGAUUUGGUUUUAUUUUUGGAACAACCAUACCUUUGGGUCACAUUGUUAUAACAGAGAUAAUCCCUGCAAAUAUAAGGGGGUCAGUUAUGACCUUUGUAGCAUCCGUGUUCAUAGUAGGCAAGAUUUAUUGCACAUUCUUAUGCAUGGCUUUAUUAUAAGGAUUUGAUGAAGGACAUUGGAGAAUAUUAGUGGCAUUAAAUUCAUUACCUUUGCUAAUAUGCUGCAUAGGAUCUGUAAUGUACUUGAGAGAGUCACCCAGGUAUUAUUUGGUUAAAUAACAAUAUCAAUAAGCAUUUGAAGAAAUAGAGUUAAUUGCACUAUAAAAUAAUUCUAAAAAUUUUUAAUUAACAAAUAACAUGAAAGAAGGCUUGAUUGAAAACUCAUAAUAAAUAAUAAGGUCAGAAACCAAUUUUAAAUAACUAUUUAGAGGUAAGUAUGAAGGAUUCACUAUUAGAAUGUGGGUGGUUUUCAUUUUGACUUCCUUCAUAGAGUGCUCUCUUUACAUUCUAAUGCCUUUUUGGUUGCAUCAACACAAUAAAGGAUUUGAAAUCAUCUUAUUUAUGAUGAUAUCUGAACUGUUUGCCAAUAUGUGUAUUUACAAAGUUAUCGACAGUAAGAUCUUUGGGGGUAGAUAAAAACUAGUGAUAUAUAUAGCAUUGAUAAUUGGUGUGAUCUCAUUAAUCACUUACAUAUAAGGAGAGGAAUUGUUAGUUUUUGGAAUGACAACAAUCUCAUUUUUUUUGAAGAUGAUGUUCACAACUGAGAUGGUUAUAAUGAAUGAGAAUUAUACAACUUAAUUUAGAUCAAUGGGAGUAGGAUUAACUUAAACAGUUGGUAAAUUUACAGGAGCAGUAAUUCCAUUUAUUAUAUUUCCUAUAUUCAAAAUAAACCCAUUCUUGCCAUUCCUGCUCUAUUUCAUUUGCAUGUUAAUCUAAGCUAUUUUUGCCUACCAAUUUCCAUUUGAUAUGACGCAAGUAUAAUUGGACUGUGUAAAAGUAUUUUCUUGACUAAAAUUAUUAUAUAUAUAUAAUGUUUUCAGAAAUAAUACCUUCAUUAAUGGAUUAUUCCCAACAUCUGGAUCGUACCAUAAAAGAAUUGUAGUAACAGAUUUUGUAAAUGGAAACUAUAACCAAUAAAACUAACUCGCAUAAAAGACCACUUGAAAUGAAAUAUUUAUCUCACAAAUCUUCUGUUCCAUCUACUCUCCCAGACAUUAACAAUGAUAUUGAUAAAAUCCUAUAAACAGCUGAACAAUUUUUAACAGAUCCCAAUAAAACAUAAAUUGAACCUAAGAAAUAAGAAAAGCAAGAUUAUGAAUAACCAAAAAGAAAAUUAGAAUCAUACAAAUAGCCAAGCAACAAAAAAUAAGUUCUCUCUCGCAAAGUAAGUCAAAAAAAGUUAUCACCCUCUAAAUUGUCAAUGCACAAAAGAUCUGGAUCUUUAUACAAAUAAGAAGUGACACCAAAAGUUACUUAGGUUCAACCAAAGUUUUCAAUGCAAUAAAGAGAAUCCACUAAAUCAUUCAAAGAUCAAAGCCGAUUAAUCAAGCAAUCACCCACUAAAUCAAUUCAUGAGAAGAAUUCAAUCCUUAUUGAAGAUUAGAGUAAAGCCAAACCACCUAUUCCUUCUGUUAACCCAGUUCGAAAAUAACCAUCAUAGCCUUAUUUGUAAUUGCAACCCAUUCCUUAAUAAUAGUAAUAGUAACAAAAUUUGAAUUCCUCAUACACACAAGCACCAACAAAUAAUAAGAUUGAAAACAACUAAUAACAAUAGUAAAAUGCAUUGAAGAAGUUUGAUUUCAAUGGGUACAAAGAAUUGAGCAGGUUGAAACGAAUGAAGGAUGCCAUUUUUGUUGAAUAUCAAUAAAGCUAUACAUAUUUUAGAGAAAAAGAAUAAAAAGCGAGAGCUAGAUUUCUUACUAAAUUCCAUUAACACAUGAAUGAGAGAAAGAAGUUGUUAUAAUAAUCUGCUUAUGGAGAUAGGCAAACCUUCUUCUUCCUUAGUGAUCAAAUCCAUCCAUAAUUCUUUUCUUUUAUUGAAGAACAAUUGACCAUCGGGUAACCAAAAACUCUUCUGAUCCUUAAAUAUUGUGAAUAAGUUCAAAAAACCAUUGACUCUAUUGAAGUAAGACUAUUUUCUAUAUUCAGUUUGAUGAUGAACUGCUAAAGAACCUUAAGAGAGCCAAUAAAUAAAACAUUUCCAAGAUAUCAUUAUCAGAAUUGGUUGAAGUAUUUAAAUUAUGGAGUCAAGUCUAAAUCAUUCGAUAGAAUUAUCAAUAACUCACACAAUUUAUUUAGCCUAUACCAGAAUUAACUUAUGACUUGAUUUAGUGGAUUUGUUUAAGACCUAAAAUAAUUAAGAAGGACAAAGAGCAAGUACAAUUAAGCAAAAAAGUCAUUCGUUAUAAUCAAUUUGCUUCAUCUUAAGAAGAAGCAUUUGAAACAAACAAACUCAUUAUAAAAGAAGAGAUUUUUAGAUUUCUGUGGGAUAUUAUCCAAAAAUUAGUAUUCUCAUAAUAGCAACUUGAAACUUCAAUGGCCUUAUUCAAAUCCAUUCUCAAAUUCCUCACAAAAAACAAUUGUAGUGUAUAUGUGUAUAAGAAUUCAGAUUUAUUUAUAUGA